GUCCCCGAGACAGACGCCGCGCCUUGGCCUGCCGCCGCAGUGAGACGAAACUCGCUCACUCCCCCAUUCUCCGGCGCUCGCUCUGCUCCCCUCCGCCGCCGCGACCACCAAGGCGACGAGACGAUGCUGCGGCUCUCCCGCUUCCUCCCCCCCGCCUCCAGGAGAGGUUUUGAUCUAAAAGAACCUCUUUGGAGUGGUUCGUUGACAUUCCAACAAGCUGUCUCAACUUCAGCAGGAAAUCUUGAUGAGAACCUGUCUGGUAAAAAAUUUGCAAGCUAUACUGUAUUCAAGGGAAAGGCUGCACUUUCUAUUCAUCCUAUACUGCCAAGUUUCAGCAAAAUGGAAUCUGGAGGAUCUCGGAUGAACAGAAAUGGAUCAGUAAUGUUGACAUUCUUUCCUGCUGUUGGACAAAGGAAGUAUGACUAUACAAAGAAACAGCUUUUUGCUCUGUCACCUACUGAAGUUGGAAGCUUGAUAAGUCUUGGGCCUGCUGACUCCUGUGAGUUUUUCCAUGAUCCGUCCAUGAAAUCAAGUCAUGAAGGACAGGUGAAAAAAUCUCUGUCGAUUACUCCCCUUGGCAGUGAUAGCGGUUACUUUGUUAAUAUAACCGUUCUGAACAACUUGCAGAAGACUACUGAUCGCCUUUCAGUCCCUAUCACAAAAGCUGAGUUUGCAGUGAUGCGCACAGCACUGAGUUUUGCGUUGCCACACAUCAUGGGCUGGGAUCAGGUCUUGACGCACCAUCCAGCUCCCCUAACUAGCAGCAAGCCCCGGGUGGAGCGUCCACACCCGGAUUCUGAAUGGGAAAGGUGAAGCUUCCUUGUAGCAGCUAGAUGAUGUAGUAUUUUGGGCAUCAUUACGAAGUUGCUGCUGCAAAGUUUGGAACAUUGGUGUGCGUUGAUUGUACCUCCCUCCUGAUCGACUCAGAACAGUCUGCGUUAGAUUUCUGGAACUUGAGAUUGAAGGCCCGAUGGAGCAUGGACCAUUGUGUUUGUUCAGUGCAUGUAUAACUUCACCAUGCCUACUAAGUGCAUGUUUCUAGUCGACUGAGCUGGUAGCACUACGGUUUCCUGUAAAUGAUGUCUGUGCUUGGUGUUCAUCAAUCGGCACGAUGCAAUCUGUAAUUUAGAAGACUAGAACAGCUACUAAGUGCAUGUUUCUAGUCGACUGAGCUGGUAGCACUACGGUUUCCUGUAAA